CAUCGAUUGGGCCUCUUGGCCUCGCCUUGUCUCAUGUCGCCAAUAUUUAUCGCGUGCGCUGUGUCCCUCAAGGCGCCAAGAUGUCUUAUGGGGACGCCAAUGUGCUACUAUAGGUCGUAGGGGCCAACGUGGGGAAAGGCAUCAUGCUCGGGAAGAUGCGCGACAGUACAUGGCGUAGCCACGUAUCCCUCGUCUGAUAGAUUCCUCUCUAUUCCAAGUUCCAAUGGUCGAUUCUCCGGGGGCGAACGACGUAAUGUGGGACGAUCUCGUGUUAGGCCCUGUAUCCCUUCUAUUCAAAUGCCACUCCACAAGGGGAUUGGGAUUGGACUAAAUCAGCGGUCAACCCGAACGACAGCACGGCUGGCAGCACGGCACGACACGGCUCCAAAACUCCACGUCUUGGCGCUUGUGGCACGACAGGGCUCCAAAACUCCACGUCUUGGCGCUUGUUGGCACGACACGGCUCCAAAACUCCACGUCUUGGCGCUUGUGGGCAAGCAGCCAUUACGACCAUUACGAAAAACGCCAAGCAGUUCGGGGUACAGUAACCUAGUCCUCUGAUCGACGACGAGGCACUCUAUUUUCGGCACUUGUACGCAUCCUAGAAGAGUCGCUGCAAAGUUAUAUUGCACUGUUGCAUGGCGGCGGCACUUUCCGCCUUCAGUUCGGUGUCAAAUCGGCUCUUGACAGUCCAUAGCCCAAUCAAGAAGAGAAACGCUACUAAGACCGUGCCCACAGUGCCCAUCCACGGUUCGUCCCCGCGAGCCUCAACAUGGCUGGUUUUGGUCGUCGCCAAGUUCCCAGGGCGAGUGGCUGGACCAAUUCUUCUCUCAGGGCGCCUUCGCAUGCUGUGGUCUAGACCUGGCGCCUGCUCUUGCUUGGAGACGCCUUGUUACACAGCCGUGGCUUCUCUGAUUUGACCUGAUAUGCGCCAAGCACGUCGGAAUUUUCGUUUUUGUAGAAGCGAGUUUGGCCAACCCAGCGCCUCCAAAGUGGAAGUUAGCUGAUGUGGCGCUAAGCCCUACCACAUCCAGUGCUAGAGUGGCAGCUGUGCUGCAAGCUAGGCUGUCAAUAGUUCAGCCGACUUUCCAUGCUGUCCGUCUUUCACCGCUCUAUUAACCUUACCAUUGGGAGGAAGCCUCAUGAGGUGCUCUUAGUAGAGUAGAGUGGAGUGUGUCAUAUAGCCUAUCUGCAUGAAGAGGAUCAGCCAUGCCGUGCUUCGCACGAUUUCCGUGCGGGGGGGACGUGGGAUAGCCCUAACUGGCCGCAUGUGGCAUAUGCGCCUUAGAUGCUGAUGAGACUUGUUCUGUGCGCUUUGGCUUCGCGUCGCUCUCAGGACGGCUUCCAACAAUAGGAAUCACAUCCAGGCCCAAUGGACAGAGGGGGUCCCGAUGAUGACCUGAGAAAUGACGCCCAAAUCAGCCUCUUAAAACAUCCGCUAUAGGCUGUAGUCUGGACGAAAACUGACCGUCUCUCGCUUCAUAUUUCCUCUUCCUCGUCUUGCACCAAAGCAGUUCAAUUCGCCCCAUUCGGGGUCAGGCGGUCUAAUCCCACCAUGCCGACUGCGUCCAGAUCUGACAUGAUACUCCAUUCUGUUGGGACAGCGUGAGUUCGUUGCCUUUUGCCGAGCUGAUGAGAUAGAAGUCUGUUAUUUCUUUCCACCUCCCUCGCAAGUUAUGCCCCACUUUUGGCUAUCUUUCCUGAAGCUUGAUACUGUUAGACACUCCGAUCGAUAUUUGCUCUACUAUUCUGUUCGACCCACCACCCAUAACAGAUAAUAUGACGUGGAUGCCACUACUCUACUCUGUCAUGACCCUCUAAUAUCAUGUUUGAAAGUAUAAGUCUCGCCUCUCGUGUCAUAUUAAACAAAAACUUAAUAUACUGAGAACUCACCAAUCGAUUUCUUGGUGGUUAACAUUCAACAUUUUUGAUCAAAAUUACGGACUUUUGCGCCACUAUAUAUAACAUGGCGAGGCUCUCGUCGUGUAUCAUCUUGUGUCUUGCUCUAUGCUCUCCUUCCCUGGCAGGAGAUAGUGCUUGGCUGAGCCCCGUCUACAAAGAGAUCUACGCGCGUCCUCUUCCCAUUCCGCCGGACAAGGUCCCAAAACAUACGUGGACCAACUCCACCACCGGACAGAUCAUCAAUUACUACGAGGUCGAUAUAAAGCCUUUUCAGCAACAAGUAUACUCCAACCUUGGCAAAGCAAACUUGGUUGGCUACGAUGGUAUAUCACCUGGGCCUACCUUCCGCAUGGAGAGGGGGCAAGAGGCUGUGGUCAGGUUCAUUAAUCAUGGAACUUUAAAUAGUUCGGUCCAUCUUCAUGGAUCAUAUAGUCGAGCACCAUUUGAUGGAUGGGCUGAGGAUACAACCGCCCCGGGUCAGUACAAAGAUUACUACUACCCAAAUAAUCAACGAGGUCGAACCCUCUGGUACCAUGACCAUGCUGUUCAUCAUACGGCUGAAAAUGCCUACUUCGGCCAGGCUGGAUUCUACAUCCUCCAUGAUCCAGCAGAAGACCGUUUUGGCCUCCCAGCUGGCAAGUAUGACGUCCCUCUCACAAUCAGCUCCAAGCAAUAUAAAUCCAACGGCGACCUCUUCUCACCCGCUUCCGAGCUCACGAGUCUCUGGGGCGACGUCAUCCACAUGAACGGCCAACCAUGGCCUUACUUCAAAGUCGAGCCUCGGAAAUACCGCUUCCGCCUCCUCGAUUCAGCCAUUAGCCGUUCAUUCCAGCUAUACUUUGAGAAAGACACGAAGACGGGCACAAAGCUCCCUUUUAAAGUCAUUGCCUCUGACGCUGGCCUUCUCUCCGGCCCAGUUACCGCUACCUUGCUUGAGAUCUCCAUGGCCGAGCGCUACGAAAUCAUCUUCGACUUCUCUGCUUACGCAAAUACUAACGUGACCAUGCGUAAUAACCGCGACGUGCAAGCUGACGAAGACUACAACUCCACUGACAAAGUCAUGAAAUUCAUUGUCGGCGGCACCAUAACUGACACUACGAACAACGGCGAAGUGCCCGCCGUCUUCGACCCCCUUGUCCUCCCUCCCCCAAAGACAAACGUCGACCGGACGUUCAAGUUCGGGCGCAAUAACGGCGAGUGGAGAGUCAACGGCGUCUCUUUCUCCGAUGUCAAUAACCGGAUCCUCGCGAAGCCGAAGCGUGGCUCCGUCGAGCUGUGGGAGCUGCAGAAUGACUCGGGUGGUUGGUCGCAUCCGGUGCACAUCCACCUCGUCGACUUCCAGGUUGUGUCGCGCAAGGACGGUAAGAGGCCUGUGCUGCCCUACGAGGCCGCGGGGCUAAAGGACGUGGUGCUCCUCGGUACUAACGAGAAGGUGCGUGUGCUGGCGCGCUAUGCGCCUUGGGAUGGGGUGUACAUGUUCCACUGCCACAAUUUGAUUCAUGAGGACCAUGAUAUGAUGGCUGCGUUUAAUGUCAGCGUGUUGCCAGACUUUGGCUACCCAGAGACGACUAAGUUUAUUGACCCCAUGGAGGAACGGUGGCGGAGCAAGGGGUGGGAUGACGCGAAAUUCACCGAACAGUAUAUCAAGGGGACGUUGCUGCCGCAAUUUUCGGGGUUAGAUGCGUAUGAUAAGGCGGAAGAGACAGAAGAGGCCCUAGAGGAGUAUUGGGAUAACGAUGGGAAUGAUGAUUGACUGUAUUAAUUCGAUAUGAUUUAUUCAACAUUAGUGUGUUACGAGCCUUGUUUAUUAAUAAUCGAGAAAAGAGAUAGAGGUGGCAACGGUUCUGCUGCUAGGUACAAAUGUAUAUGUUCUACC